UUAUUUUUUUUUUUUUCCCAUUUUCCAUUCCAGAGGACGGAGGAGCGGCAAGAAGACGACUUGACUUCUCCUUUUAUGCACUUCGCACUUCUCCUCGCUUCUAACACUUCUUUUAGUUGCGCUCUGAAUGGAUCCUUUUACGGAGAAACUGUUGGAGCGGACUCGUGCUCGCAGAGAAAACCUCCAGAAAAAACUAGCUGAGCGACCAAAUGCAGCAAAGGUGGUGAAAAGAGGCAGAGAGCCUCUGAUUGAGAACAACGCUGUGAUUGGUCAGCCAGUCGCCCCCAAAGCGGCCUCCACGAAACCUUCUCCGUCAAAGCGCAGGUGCUCAUCGGAGAAUGUCGAGCCGGCGGCGCGAGAGCAGGACGGGGGCGUGGCCUCUGCGCUCCAAGACCAUCCGCCCUCGGCCAGCAAGCCACCGCCUGUGCCCACAGGUGAGCCAGCGGGGAGGAAGGAGGAGACUCGAGGUGUGGAGUCUGACAAGAUGGCGAAGCUUCCUCAAAGUCCAAAGCGCAACGAAGAACCAGAAGAAGAAUCUGCUGCCGCUGGCAUGAAGUCUCGUCUGCAGAGGCUUGCUGAGCAGAGGAAGUGUUGGGACGGGAAUAACGGUGUUGCGAGCGACUGUACACCUGUGUCUUUGCUGAGGAGAGAAGAUGACGUCCCGGUGUCCUCGUCGUCGUCGUCGGAAGGUCCGGUCGGUCGACGAGGCAGACUGGCUCACCUGGCGGCCACCAUUGGAUCCUGGGAAGAUGACCUGAGCCAUGCCAACCUUCCCAAAGACAAAGUUCCUGAAAAGUCGACCACAGUUUGUGCUGCACAGUUGAACAUGAAGGACUCAAGUUUGUCUGCUGGCGCUAAAGGAAGCAUGGCAAGUCAUGUGACCACUGCACCUGCCAACAAGUCUUCAGGUCAGGUGACCACUGCACCUGCCAGCAAGUCUUCAGGUCAGGUGACCACUGCACCUGCCAACAAGUCUUCAGGUCAUGCGACUACUGGACUUAUCAACAAGUCUUCAGGUCAUGUGACCACUGGACUUAUCAACAAGUCUUCAGGUCAUGUGACUACUGCACCUGCCAACAAAUCUUCAGGUCAGGUGACCACUGCACCUGCCAACAAGUCUUCAGGUCAGGUGACCACUGCACCUGCCAGCAAGUCUUCAGGUCAGGUGACCACUGCACCUGCCAGCAAGUCUUCAGGUCAUGUGACCACUGCACCUGCCAACAAGUCUUCAGGUCAGGUGACCACUGCACCUGCAAGCAAGUCUUCAGGUCAUGUGACCACUGCGCCUGCCAACAAGUCUUCAAUCGUCUCAAAUCAGCUUUCACCUUCCUUCACAAAGUCCAACCAAGGGGUUCCUCCAAGCCCUCAGAAGGUGGACCCUCGUCCAGUGACUAGUCCGCUGAAGACUGUGCCGCCAUCUUCAAGAUCAGUGUCUUCGAGCCCUUUGAAAAGCACACCUGUGGCCACAGCUUCCGUUUUAGCCUGCAGUCCUCAGAAAGUAUGUGCUAAAGCCAACACGCCAAAGUCUGCUGCUCCUGGUGUGAAGUCUUUCCUAGACCGAUUUGAAGAGCGAUGCCACGAGCGCACCAACCCGUGUUCUCCAGCAGUGUGCGCCUCCCAGACGGCGACCCCCAAGAGUGGACUCGGGCUCAGGAGCGCCCAGUCAGCACAAACCACAACGGCUGACCUCGUCCAGAAACAGAAACUGGAGCGGGAGUCUGAACUGGCUCAGAUUCACUCGCGUGUCCAAGGGAACAAUAUGUGGAAAAGUGCAGAGAGCAAGGGCCAUGGUGGCAAAGCUGAGGAGAUGGACGCUUGUGAGCCAAAAGUUCAACCAAAACCACAUUGCACUGAGAUCAUCUCGCCAGUAGCAGCUUGUGGAUUGCUGGAACCUACCCCAAACUCCACACACAUCCCACUGGAGGAGGAGGAGGUGGACGAAAGCAGCAGAGAGGAUGAAGGCAAGGAGAUAGAGAUGAACGUCGAUCACUCCGCAGUGAUUGACCAACUUUUUGACGGCCUUCACGACGACGAGGAGGAUGAGGAAGAAGAUGCCUUGAAUAUCUCUUCCAUGUCGCUUCUCACGCCGCUCGCAGAAAGUGUCGCCGCAGUGUACAGUCCGGACAGGAGCACGAGAACUUCAACUCCAGCUCAUUCAUUCAUUGUGAAGAAUAAAACUCCAGACAAGCAGAGUCCAUUCCAGAGAAGCAAUAAAAGAAAGAGCGGCUCGUCCGACAGUGUCGACGCCUUAGAGGACGAUCAUAAGCUACCUUACAGCAUUGAUGCCUACAGGUCUAUUCGAGUGAAGGAGACUGGGAGAGUUCCCGGUAAAGAUGGGAUGGUGAGAAAAGAGGACGUUUCUAGCAGAGCAGAGGAAGUGCGAGGCGGCAGCCUGUUUAGCAUCAAACAGAAGAUAAAGCUGCUCACAAAUGAGAUGAACCUGCAGCAGACCAUCAUCCAUCAGGCCAGUCAGGCACUCAACUGCUGCACGGAUGAAGAACAUGGCAAAGGAUCACAGGUGGAAGCCGAGGCAGAAAGACUCUUGAUCGUAGCAACCAAAAAGAGGGAGGCGCUCAAGACAGAGUUGCAGUGUCUGAAGGGGGAGAACCCAGCAGGCCAGAAGAAAAACCCCCCGCCUCUCCAGCCCGCCGGCAUCUCAGCCUCCAAGGGCUCCAUCACGCUGCAGGAACUCCGCUUGCCUCUCAAGGCUGACUUUGUUUGCGCUAUUGCCAAUAAGCCAGAAUCGGUGAAAUAUUCUUUCUUCAUCAUGAUUGGAUGUGGAGCAGAAAAGACGGUAGCCACGCCCCUUGUGAGCACACACCGUGGUCUGAGUGGCGACACCUUCACCUUCCCGACCAAGUUCACCAUGUCUGACGUCUGCAGUGAUUUUUGCAUUGAUAUUGACAUCUAUUACCUGGUUCAAAAAGUGGAGAUAAGUGGUGACAAGAAAAAGAAAAGCAGCAAGUCAAAGGCAAUAACCCCAAAGAGAUUUCUGGCCAUCACAAAAAGCAGCCAAACACCAGUUGUUGCCAGUCCAGGAGGUCCUAACGCCGUUCGAAGCAGCAACUUUGUCCUGAUUGGAUCUCACAAGCUCACACUUUCUUCCAUUGGGAAGAGCAAGUUUCCCUUAGAGAAGGUGCCCUUCUUGUGUCCUCUGGAAGGCCACGUCUACCUGAAGAUGCAGUGUGAGGUUGGAUGCCACGUGGAGGAAAAGGGCUUCCUGACAAUGUUUGAGGACGUUAGCGGUUUUGGAGCCUGGCACAGAAGAUGGUGCGUCCUGUCAGGGUACUGCAUCUCCUACUGGACCUACCCCGAUGACGAAAGGCGCAAGGUGGAGAUGUGUGGAAUCUGGGCGGUGUUUGGCAGCGAGAGCUGCAUGUCUCUGCACUGCAGCAACGCCAUGAAGAUCGCUCACCGAGGACCUGACGGCUUCCGCUUCGAGAGCGUGGAGGGGAUGACCAACUGCUGCUUCGGCUUCCACCGCCUGGUCAUCCAGGAGAAGCUGCACGGCAUGCAGCCUCUACGCGGCAUGCAGCCUCUACGGGUCCACAACUUCCCCUCCCUGUGGCUCUGCUACAACGGAGAGAUUUACAACCAUCGCUUGCUGAGCAAACAUUUUGACUUUGAGUGCCAGACUGAAAUAGACGGAGAGAUCCUGCUUCAUCUUUACGAUCGCUUCGGCAUCGAGAAGGCGGCGACUCUUUUGGACGGAACCUUCGCCUUCGUGCUCCUGGACACGGCCAACAAGAAGGUGUUCCUGGGCAGGGACACUUAUGGAGUGCGGCCCCUCUUCCGACUGCUCAGCCAUCAUGGAAUGCUGGCCGUCAGCUCCGAGGCUAAAGGUCUGGCAGACAUGACUCCGGCUGCUAAGAUCAUUCCUUUCCUGCCGGGACACGUGGAGGUGUUUGACCUGAAGGCCAGCGGAAAAGUGGAGUCUCUUCAGAUGAAAGCAUUUCACGAGUGCACCCAGGAGCCCUAUCAUGUUCUCUGUGACGCCGUGGGUCGUCUGCCAACAAGUCUGGAUGAAGAAAGUGUCAAGGGCAACAUCAGAAUCUUGUUUGAAAAUGCGGUGAGGAAACGUCUGAUGGCCCAAAGGAGGAUCGGCUGUCUUCUCUCAGGGGGUCUGGAUUCCAGUCUGGUGGCCGCCACGCUGGUGAAGCUGGCCAAAGAAGAAGGUCUGCAAUAUCCCGUCCAAACAUUUGCCAUCGGAUCAGAAGACAGCCCGGACAUCUUAGCUGCCCGGAAGGUCGCCGCUCACAUCGGCAGUGAGCACCACGAAGUCAACUUCAGUGUCGAAGAAGGCAUCAGAGCAGUGGAGGAGGUCAUCGUCAGCCUGGAGACCUACGACAUCACCACCAUACGCGCCUCCGUCGGCAUGUAUUUGGUCAGCAAGUACAUCAGAGAGCAGACGGACAGUGUUGUCAUCUUCUCAGGAGAAGGUUCCGAUGAACUCACUCAAGGUUACAUAUACUUUCACAAGGCUCCGAGUGCGGAGGCAGGAUCAGAAGAAAGUGUUCGACUGCUGAAAAACCUUUACCUGUUUGAUAACCUGAGGGCUGAUCGCACCACUGCUGCACACGGGUUGGAGCUGAGAGUGCCUUUCCUGGACCACAGACUGAGCGCCUACUACCUGUCGCUGCCACCUGAGAUGAGGACUCCCAGGCACGGCGUGGAGAAGUUCCUUCUGAGGGACGCCUUCAAAGGUCAAAAUCUGAUCCCUGAUGAGAUUCUGUGGCGACGUAAAGAAGCCUUCAGUGAUGGACUCAUGUCUGAGAAGAAGUCCUGGUACAUGUUCCUGGAGGACCACCUCGACUCCGUGGUGAGCGAGGAGCAGCUGGCCAAGGCAGAGGAGAAUUGCACCCACAACCGUCCUCACACCAAAGAAGCGUGCUUCUACCGGCAGGUGUUUGACACACACUUUCCUGGUCGUGCUGACUUGCUUCCUCACUUCUGGAUGCCUCGCUGGAUUCCUGCCAACGACCCCUCAGAUCGCACACUCGCCGUCUACAAGCUCAACUCCAACCACUGAGCAACUCCCUGCCACCAUCAUGUGGGUCACAUGGAUCAUCAACAAACGACAUCACAGGUUUGAC